AUGUUGGCUGAACGUAACUUAAAAGAUGUUUCAUCAGGAGAAGAAGAGACGGCACUGUUCUGUAAUGAACAAACAAUGAAGAUUUUACAAGCUAAAUUAUCGGAGAUGAAUCAAAUACUUAAGCUGCCUGAGAAGGAAAGAUUCGAGAGGAUUCGCGAUUAUGUUACGAAGAGGAAACGUGUGAUAAAGGAGCGAGAGGAUGCACAACAACAACGCAUCCUUGAAGAGAAGAAACGCGCUGAUGAAGCGGAGAAAAAAGCCAAACAACGUAUCCUUGAAGAGAAGAAAAAAGCCGAGCAACGUAUCCUUGAAGAGAAGAAACGCGCUGAUGAAGCGGAGAAAAAAGCCGAGCAACGUAUCCUUGAAGCGAAGAAACGCUCGGACGAAGUGAUAGCCGAAUUCAACAAAGGCAUUGCUCCAUUUGUCCGUGCUUUACAACUGACGUCGCUCCGAAAACUACAGGACAAUGUCCACAAAAAGUUAUCAAACCAAAUCGGUGCAUCAUGGGAGGACAUCAGAGAGAUGUCAGAGGAAGAUUUACGGUCGAAAGCGCCUAAUGUCGACGCUUCGCGGGCGAUGGCGUUGAUAAAAGCUGUGAAAGAUUACCGAGAUCUUCGUCGAGGGUACAUUUCGGAUGCCUACACCGCCAAACUAGAGGAAAUUUGGACAGCACUGAACCAUCUGUACCAGCCUCGUGAACCCGACUUGCAGGCUUAUCACAGUGAUAAUCAUCUCCUGGAAGCUUGCUACAAUUUGUUGAAGGCGCAACAGUAG